GCGCCCGGAGGGGAGGGGAAAAGGGGGCGAAUAAGGAGGAGGCGGAUUCGUGUAGUUGGGACUAAGGAGAAGGCGUGCAAGGGGCAGGUACCGCGGACAUCACAUCAUGGCUCAGCUAGACAUGGAGCAGCUGCGGAGCAGGGGCGCCGGCAAGUCCAUCGCCGUGCUGACCAGCGGGGGAGACGCGCAAGGUAUGAAUGCUGCUGUGCGUGCAGUGGUACGGAUGGGGAUCUAUGUGGGAGCUGAUGUUUAUUUUGUGUAUGAGGGUUAUGAAGGGCUUGUUGGUGGCGAGGAGUACUUGAAGUUGGCAGAAUGGGACAGUGUUUCCAAUAUCAUCCAACUCGGUGGAACUAUCAUUGGAAGUGCCCGGUGCAAGAGUUUCCGCACCCGUGAGGGACGCCUGGCGGCAGCUUACAACCUGGUCCAGCAUGGCAUCAACAACCUGUGCGUGAUUGGAGGUGACGGCAGUCUAACUGGGGCCAAUAUCUUCCGGACAGAGUGGAGUGACCUGCUGGCUACUCUUGUUCAAGAGGGUAAAAUCACUGAAGAUGUUUCCCAACAGUAUUCCCACCUGAACAUUGUUGGGAUGGUGGGAUCAAUUGACAAUGACUUCUGUGGGACAGACAUGACUAUUGGUACAGACUCUGCCCUGCAUAGGAUCAUGGAGGUGAUUGAUGCCAUAACCACCACAGCACAGAGUCACCAGCGAACCUUUGUACUUGAAGUCAUGGGCAGGCAUUGUGGAUACCUUGCACUGGUGUCUGCAUUGGCUUCUGGUGCAGACUGGCUCUUCAUCCCAGAGGCCCCUCCAGAGGAUGGCUGGGAAGAACUCAUGUGUAAGAGACUUGGAGAGAGUCGCAGCAGAGGCUCAAGACUGAACAUCAUCAUCCUUGCAGAGGGAGCAAUUGAUCGGCAUGGAAAUCCCAUCAGCUCCAACUAUGUAAAAGAUCUUGUUUCAAAGUGCCUCGGAUUUGACACACGGGUCACUGUCCUGGGACAUGUCCAGAGAGGGGGGACACCUUCUGCGUUUGAUCGAAUUCUGAGCAGCAAGAUGGGCAUGGAGGCUGUACUCACACUGCUGGAUGCCUCGCCAGAGACUUCGUCUUGUGUCGUCAGCCUUAGCGGUAACCAAGCCCUGCGGCUGCCGCUGAUGGAGUGUGUGAUGCUGACCAAGGAUGUUCAGAAAGCAAUGGAUGAAAGGAGAUUUGAUGAAGCCAUCACACUUCGUGGCAGGAGCUUUGAGAAUAACUGGAAUAUCUACAAGCUGCUGGCUCACCAGAAGCCUUCUGUGACUAAGAGUAAUUUCAAUCUGGCCAUCAUGAAUAUCGGAGCUCCAGCAGCAGGGAUGAAUGCAGCCGUGCGUUCCGCAGUCCGAGUUGGGCUGUCGGCGGGGCACGUAGUCUACACCAUUAGCGAUGGGCUGGAAGGUUUUUCCAUGGGGCAGAUUAAGGAAAUGAGUUGGCGUGAUGUUGGAGGCUGGACAGGACAAGGCGGGUCGCUGCUGGGCACUAAACGAACACUCCCUGAAAAGUGCAUGGAAAAACUUGUGCAACAAAUACGCAGCCACAGCAUCCAUGCUCUCCUGAUCAUUGGUGGGUUUGAGGCCUUUGUGGCAGCCCUGCAGCUGACCGAGGGGCGGGAACACUACGAGGAGCUCUGCAUCCCCAUCUGCGUCAUCCCCGCUACCAUCAGCAACAACGUGCCGGGAACCGACUUCAGUCUGGGCUGCGACACCGCCGUCAACGCAGCCAUGGAGACCUGUGACCGCAUCAAGCAAUCGGCCUCAGGAACCAAGCGCCGGGUCUUCAUCGUGGAGACCAUGGGAGGUUACUGCGGCUACCUGGCCUCUGCCACUGCCCUGGCUGUUGGGGCCGAUGCUGCCUACAUCUAUGAAGACCCGAUCAACAUCCACGAUUUGACGGCCAAUGUGGAGCACCUGACAGGGAAGAUGAAGACGACGGUGCAGCGAGGCCUGGUGCUGAGAAAUGAGAAAUGCCACCAAUACUACACCACGGAAUUCUUGUACAACCUGUACUCUGCUGAGGGGAAGGGCGUGUUCGACUGUCGUACCAACGUGCUGGGCCACAUGCAGCAGGGAGGUGCACCUACCCCAUUUGACAGGAACUUUGGGACAAAGCUGGGCGUGAAGGCUGUGCAGUGGCUUACGGAGAAGCUCCAGGAGUCCUACAGGAAAGGGAGAGUCUUCGCCAACUCUCCUGAGACAGCCUGUGUUCUGGGAAUGAACAGGAAGGCCCUGGUUUUCCGACCUGUCACGGAACUGAAGGGAGAAACCGACUUUGAGCACCGGAUGCCCAAGGAGCAGUGGUGGCUGAGGCUCCGGCCUCUGCUGAAGAUGUUGGCCAAGUACCAGACUCUCUUCGACAACUACAUCACAGGGAAGGUAGAGCACGUCAACCGGAGGAGCCUCAGCGUGGAGUCCGGCUUCUGAGAGGGGCGGCUCACUAGCACUGUGCGUCUCCCACCACUGCAUUUCACUCCCCUUACUGUGUCCCACCGUGAAUUAGUGUACAACAGCUUGCCCUGGUGUAGCACCUACAACCUAGAACAUCCCCAGGUGCUUCAGACACACUCUUAGACUAAAGGAGUUUUACACCCCAGAUGGCAGCAGCCGUGGCCCUAAAAGGGCCAUGUUCCUUCCACUCUUGGAGGGAGAUGUCUCUGUGACCGCCAUGUCUCUACCGUCCCUUCUGACACAAAUGAACUGACCUCCACAUCCUCUACCUUCUGUUCACAAAACACCAGGACAUCACUACGUCACUCUCUCUCUCUCUCUCUCCCCCCCCCCCCCCCCCCCCCGCCUUCUCUCUCUCUCUCAGCCUUCUCUCUCUCCACGGUAGUCCUGAAACUACAGGAGCUCGACACAAAGCAGUGUUCUCAGUGUUUUUAGUUGACCCAUCUCGGGUGUAAACAGUUCAGCAAUCCUUCCACUCAGUGCGGUAACUGGAGGCUGUCUGGAAGGCACAAAGGUAGGAUGUGGGGAUGUUGAGAGCAGUAUUCUUUCAGUGUUUCUAGACAAACACACCUGACUGAGAAUGAAGCAGGAGAGGUGCCGAAGGCUCAUUUAGGUCAACUCAAAAACAGAGCACCCUAGCCAACCUCUCCAGUGGCACAUCGGAAGUGCAAGGAUGGCACUGAGAUAACUACCUCCCCACAUCAAACUACAGCAAGGCAUCUCCUGAAAGUAAGCCCCAAACUAUAAAUUGUGUGUCUGUGCAUUCUGUAACCCCAGUGCUGGUCAUGUAAUCCUCGUCAAGGCUGUGGCUACAUUGUAACUGUUAUGGACAUUCCUACAUUAGCACCCGUUUUGAGUACACUGUUUAUAAUGUCCACAUCCUCCAAAAAUGUGCUGUAGAAAUUAACUGAUCUGUUAUUUAACAUCCCUGUUUGAUUGCAAUGAAGGCCUAGGAAGUGAAAAAUUCUGUGAUUCCCUUUUCCAGAAAUGUAUUGAUCCUGAAAUUAAUUGUUGUUGAUUAUACAAAGUUCUAUUAAUAACCAGUUUUUAAAAUUCUAAGUACAAACCCUAAUCUUAUAGCAGCUUUAUCUUCAGAAAGUGCUGGCAGUUUGUCAGAGAACACAGCCAUGGAUUAUUAUUGUCCCUCAAUAAUAUGUAAUACAUUUUUUCCAGUGUUUCCAAAUGAGUAAAUAUUUGUCCAAAUAUUAAGGUGGCAUUUCCCUUUAAGUAUUACCAUAGCAUGCACUGGUCAUAUGGCCACUCCAGCCAAUGCCAUGUGAACAGGUCCCUUGUGUUGUCACAAGAGGAACACUGUUAGCAGAUGUCUGAUCAUGGUGAGGUAGCAGGAUGGGUUAUUAUUCUGUCCAUCCAACCCUGGUGGAAGGAGUGAGAGUCUCCCUUGCCAGCUGGUAAAGUCAGUCCUGCUGCUGCUGCUGCAUACAAGGUACAACAUGGGAUAUCUGGUCUACAAAUCAGUAGGCUGCUGCAGAUGGAGCCUUUCAUUAGAGACUGGGCACCAGACCACAGCGAAAGCAGUUUUACUUCAUAGUUAGCUGUAAAGCACCUGACCCAGAAAGGUCACUACUCACAAAUGGUAUAGAAAAGAUCUCUGUGCCAAUGUAAUAUCUUGAAAUCUCCAACAAUAGUUCAAUGAAGUACAUCAACUGUUGGAUACCACCACUUUUAACAUUGAGUAAGCUAUCACUGGCCAGUGUGUCUAACCUGUGCAACGGCUGUCUGUGGGCUGUGUGUAUAUAAAAUUGUCUAUAUCAUGUACUGACAGUGAAAUUUGAGCUGGAUAGAUUAUGUCUUGUGAUUAAAUUUGUAUUGCACAAUG